UCCAGCAGAAAUGGCCGUCAUCAAGAUUUUCCUGGUUGCUGUCAUCGUGAAAGUUGUUCUAGCAGCACCGCAGUUUAAUCCAAGGGAUGCUCCUAUUGUCGUGUUGGAGAAUGACUUCAAUGGAGUUGAACCGUGGCACUGGAGGUUCGAGACGGGCAACGGCAUCCGGCAGGAGCAGUUCGGCACCGAGGGCGACGGCGUGCGCCUGCGGGGCAGCUUCUCGUGGCAGCCGCCAGACGCGGGCGGCGCCACCUACAGCGUCACCUACGAAGCCGACGAGAACGGCUACCGGCCCAAAGUCUCUUUCGGCACAGGACCCGUCGCGGUGCGCCCCCCACCGCUGCCACGUCCGACGAAACCGACACUCCAGCAAGCUGUGGCGAUCAUUGGAAGUAAUGCGGCACUUACACUGGUCGGCUGAGCGGCCAGUCACUUCAUGUCACCGAAUUAUUCACGUGCCUGAAUAUCAAAACCAAUUUUUGAACCGACCCUUCAAAUCAGUCGAGAAAGUGUGCAACGCCUACCCCUGUCACCUGGUACAUUGCUGUUAACGUUUGGCAGCUAACAGCUCUAGUUUUCAGGAGAUGUCACGGUCAGAUUUAUUUGUAAUUUGUACAAAUGCUUUAACCAACAACAAGAUAGUUUCUUAAAUUUAUAACAGAG